GUGAUGUGGGAAUAUCAUAGCUAACUUAUACUAAAAGCUAAGAACCCACUUUCUUCCUCUGUCUUCUCAAUUGUCUGUUAAUCUUUCUCUUGAUGGAUGCUUGCCACUAUAAAUACCCUUCUUCUCCUGCAUCUUCGCCAAGCUCACACCCUCCAUCUUCUUCUUCUUCUUUUCCUUCAACCACACGUCCACACCUACACAUUUUCAUUCUCACCCACCACAAGUCCCAGGUGAAAAAAAAAAAAAACAGAGAAAGCAAAAUGAGGAGCAUUUCAACCUCAAAGCCAAUCACUGCUUCUCACUCCCCAUGGCACGGGCCAGUCCCCUACCUCUUCGGAAUACUCGCAGCCAUGAUGGGUCUCAUAGCCUUCGCGCUCUUAAUGCUUGCUUGCUCCUACUGGGAACAAUCAGAGAAUCAAGACAGGUCCAACAUAGACAACAAGGAGCGUGACCAUGAAAACAUAGAGCCUGUGAAGGUGUACGAGGAGAAAAUCCUGGUCAUCAUGGCAGGGGAUGAGAAACCAACGUUUUUGGCCACCCCUGUUUACCACAAAAGAACAAUAGACGACCAUGUUCUUGUUCCAGCUUCAGCCACUGCCAUGACACAAGAAAAUGAACGUUCACAGCAUGAUGGGAGGUGAUUUGUGCCACUACCUUUUAGGUUUGUAAGGUUAAUGUGGUAGUGGAUGGCUAGAUGACUAGAUUUAAGAAACAGGGGAGUGAUGGGUUGAAACUUAUUUUUUUCAUCAUUCACUCUGCUUUCUUCUUUUUUGUCAAUUUUUUGUCCUCUUGGGUUGUCUCAAUUUUGAUAAAAGGACACUCA